AUGCUAUACAUUCUCUCCCACCUUUCCCCAUCCAAACCCCUUAAGGCCCACACACUGACCCAAUGGGCCUCCUCACGCGACAUGCACCACACAAGCCCACCCAUCUCAAAAAUCCCAUUCGAGAUCCGUAUGCCAUCAGCAAAAGGAAUCGUCCUAAACUUCUCGUCAUUCAAAGUCAUUGACACCAAAUGCCCGGCGGGUGACUCCAGUGAAGGGCCCCCAUGGCGAAAAUCGGGCUGCCCAAGCCCAACAUGCGGCGAUGAAUGUUCUGAGGCCCAUCAACCUCUCUCCAUGACCCCUGCCUGA